GUUAUUGAAAGCUGAAGGGAGAACAACAAUGCAGAACAUCAAGUGUGUCAUGGUUGGAGAUGGUGCCGUUGGGAAGACCUGCCUCCUGAUCUCCUUCACCACCAACGCCUUUCCUAAAGAAUACAUCCCCACUGUUUUUGACAACUACAGCGCACAGCUCGCUGUAGACUCUAAAGUCGUCAGUCUGAACCUGUGGGACACCGCGGGACAGGAGGAGUACGACCGUCUACGGACCCUCUCCUACCCACAGACCAACGUCUUCAUCAUCUGCUUCUGCAUCGCCAGCCCCUCGUCCUAUGAGAAUGUCAAGCUAAAGUGGUACCCCGAGGUGUCAGAACACUGUCCUAACGUUCCCAUCCUGCUGGUGGGGACUAAAAAGGAUCUGAGAGAUG